AAUCACAUGUAUUUGAGCUUUUGCUACUAAACUUUAAUUUGUUUUACUUUGUUUAUUAUUGUGACACAAGCACAAAGCUAAAUUAACAAAUUAAAAUCCAUUAAUGGACUCAUCGGAAUCAGAAGAAAACUCAGAUAUAGAGCCGACAAAAGAAGAUGACCAAGAAAGGACUGCUAUCCGUGAAGAACUUUCCUCAAUGUCGUUUGAGGACCUUAUGAAACUUAAAGAUGAAUUGGGAUCUAAAGUGUACAAUGAAGCUAUUUUUGGAAGCAAAAAUAAAAAAAUUUCAAAAAUCAACAAAUCUGAUUUUAAAAGAGCAAAUAAGAACAGACCACGAGAAAUAUCUUCAAAGCGACAAGUCCCUUUUUUGGGAGUAGAAUUGAGAAAGCCACUUACAGCUACCGAAACACGAGACCCUCGAUAUGAUGAAAAGUGUGGAGAGUAUAGUUCAUCUGUGUUUAAAAAUAAUUACUCUUUUGUAAAUGAAAUACGUGAAAAUGAAUUGCAAAAAUUAAAAAAUAAAUUAAAAAAAGCAUCAGGAGAAGAAAAAUCUGAAAUAAAAUUUGCUAUACAGCGAUUAGAAAAUCAGUUGCGAGAAGAAAAAGCUUGGAAAACCCGAGAGUCAAUCAAAAAUGAAGCAAUAAAAGAAAUUCAAAUUGCUAAAAAAGAAGGCCGAAAACCACACUAUGCAACCAAAAAGGAACUACGUACAAAAGAACUUGUCAAACAAUUUGAGGAUUUAAAAAGUUCUGGACGUCUUGCUAAACACUUAGAGAAAAAGCGGAAAAAGAAUAUCGUAAAAGACAGAAAAAAAAUUGAGCUUAAUGUUUGACUUAAAUAUAAUUUUAAAUUUAUUUACUAAUACAAAAUAAAUGUAUAAGAAAUUGAUUAUCCUGUU